GCGCAGCCGUUACAACUACAUCGAGAGCUAGCUGCUAUUAAGUUUUCCUCCUAUUUCGUGCAACGAGCUGCUUGCCAGUUCACUUUUGUUGGUGGCUCGAGUGCAACGCGAAACGUGCUGAGUUGUUCGAAACAAUUUGUGGGGCAGGCAGCAGACGCGUUCCAGGCCUUGUCAUAUCUGUUGUGUAGAGUGCUAUUAUUUUACAAAUAGCAAGCCAGUGGGGGCUGGGCUCCAUCACUGCUGCAGAGGCCUAGGCAAUCUCAGAUUGAGAGCAAACCAAACCAAAGCAAUUAAGCGCUAUUACCAGCAGUCGGAGGUAAUUGCGCCUCAAAGUGCGUACUUCUUCUUUUUACCCCAACUAAAACAAACUAAAACGCGUGUUUCGUUAACCGCCGUCCGCUUAAACGUUAGGAAUACAAAACAAAUCUACACACAGGCGCGAAAGGCUAUAAAGCAGCUACAUAUAGCUUUUCCAGUCCAAUAAUUAGUGCAGCUAUCAAAUCAACAAAGAAACCGAUUCCCAGCGAACCCGCAGAGAUGGCGUUCAUUUCGAAAGACUUCCGAUCACCCGGAGAGGCCUGGGUGAAGACCGACGUAGGCUGGGAGCGCCUAAAGGUGCUUGAGUGCGGAGGCAAACGUAAGCGGCACAACUCGGAGGGGAGCAGCUACCAGGUGGUGGCCAGCGACAGCCAGGAGGUGGAGGAGGAGGGGUCCAGCAUGCCACCCCACUACCACAUCACGAUCCGUUGCACCCGGGAGAUCGCCGGCUUCAACGGACUGAGCGAGGCGGUGAAGCGCCUCGACUUCCAGCGAUCGGUGCGCGAUCGGAAACGUUUCCACUACAUCUGCGCGUUCCUGCUGCUGGUCUCCAACAAGGGCAUCGCCAGUCUGCCGGGCAGUGCGCAGCGGCAGCUGCUCCAGAUGGUCGAGGAGGUGGCCUCGCAUGUCAACGAUAGUCAGCAGCAUCCGAAUGUGCUGCGUGGGCUAGCGCUGCAGCUUGAGCAGAUCGUCAACCAGGAGAACCAGAAGUGCUGGGGAAAGCCGCUGGGCAGCACCUACCUCUGGAAGGAGCACAUGGCCACGAUCAAGCGCAUCCAGCGCGUGGCCAGCCAGAUCGAGAUUCGAGAGCCCGAUCCAAAGGCCAAGCCCAAGCUGCACGAGCUGCCGGAGGAGUGCGUGCGGGAGAUCAUUCUGUGCAUUGCCGAUCAUCGCGACCUGGAGUCGGCCGCCAAGGCCUGGGACACCAUGGCCAAGCUGGUGUCGGAGCAGCGCAUCUGGCGCGAGCUGACACGAUUCCACUUUAACCAGCGCCAGAUCCACACCAUCUUGGACCUGGACAAGUUCAAGCAGAUGGGCGAGAUCAAAGACUGGAAGCAGAUCUACCACCAGCUGCGACGUACCUACGGCGUCAACGACGACUACCAGUUCGCCGAGGUGCUGGCUCUCUGCCGCUCCUGCUGCUGUCUGUUUUGGCCCUCCGACGGACAUCCCUGCAUUGUCGACCAGAGCCCCGACUACAAGCAGCGCCUGGAGGAGGCUGGCGGGCAGCAGGCGCUGUCCCAGCCCGUGCCUCCGGCCCAGUUCUUAAGUUAUUUCUCAUUGUAAGCGACAUUGCAAGGGGGUGCGGUGCAGUAUCGGGUGCGGUGGAACACUGACCAAGGGAGAGAGAGUAAGAGAUAGCUUGAGAUAUUUUUUUUAUGGAGGGGCCGACCGUACCGUGGGCGUUGUUGGCUGCGUAUGAAAGUUUUUAUGUGCGUGUUAAAGUUUUAACCCUGGAAAGAGAAGGAUCAGUAGGAGGAGAAGGAGGUGGCGGAGGAGGAGGCGGAGGCGGAAGAAAGCAAAGUGAUACAGAAAUCCCCUAAUCUAUAACUACUUGUGGUAAACGAGUAUCCCCAGCUUCGUUUCGAGUGUCGGCUUGUUCAGUUCUUUAAAAAAAAAGAGAGACACACGCGAAUCUCGCCAUCAGUCAUUUUUGUGGAGAGAGUCCCCGUGUGAUCUGAUCAGUGUGCAAGGAUCUUGUGAUCUAGGAUCAAUAUGAAAUAAAAUACUGAGGUCGAGAAGUGGUAUAUAGACCUUUUUACGACACGCCAAAUGAACUGCCACAAACGCGAGAGCAUAAGCGAUUAUAUUUUCAAGAAGGAAUGAAGCAAGAAUCGAGUACUAUAUUGAGAGACUAUUUUUUUUAAAUACCAGUACGCAACCGCGCAUACUAAUACGAGUUUAAUUCGCCAAUCUGUUCAUUUUAAGCCAGCGAAAUACACAUUUUCGUAUGAAUUUUGAUCGAUCUAUUGUAGGGUUUAAGUGUAGUUUCUUUUAACAGCUGCUUUUGGUGCUAAAUCUUGUUAUAAGUUCCAAUCAACCAAUCUAAUCCAAUCAAAUCAAAUCAAAUCAGCCUGGUUUCCCAAUCCGAUUCGUUCCGACUUGAAGUAGAGAAGAGAAAAACCAUGUGAUGUUGCAAGGAAGCAAAGCUAGAAACGAAUACACCUACCUAAACGAUAAAAGAAAUCUCCAAGCGAUAUGCCGUCAGCAAUGCUAUACGUACAUACAUAUAUUAUACAUAAAUAUUAGAGAUCCUCGCCAGUUAAAUGUAAGUUUAUGGAAAGUCAGAUCAGCGUGUAGAAAACCCCCCCCCCUUAAACCCUAAGAGAAAGCAGAAGAAAAUUGUUUCCCAGUCAACACAACACAGCACUCAAAUUCUUGAAAGAACAGAAAUGAGGAUUAUGUUGAAUGUGUAUAGGAUAGCAUAGCACCCCUACCCUACCCUACCCCCUUCCCCUUCCCCCUGUACAAUAUAUGUGUGUGUUGUUCGGUCCCCAUUACCUAUUAUCUAUUACUAUUACUAUUACUACUGUAAGUACGAAAGUUUUAGCAUUCUAAUGUUUUUUUGCAACCAUUUCUAUGGGAAACAAAUCUCUUAUUUUACGUUUAAAAUAAAGUCUUAAAAUAUCUAUGGA